GAUUACAUCACGGCUGGCGAUAACAUAAAAACCGCACUUGAGGCUCACCCGAGGAGAGACAUUCACUAAAGAUCAUCAGACUAAGAUCAUCCCCUACUGUCAAGACCUGAAAGGAGAAUUUCAGCCAGCUCUAGACAUGGAGAUAUACGCAAAAGACAUCAAAAAGCCCAAACCAUCUAUAUUUUGCAACAUCAAGCUGUUUGUACUGUGCCAUGGGUUGCUCCAGUUGACCCAGCUGCUGUACUCCUCCUACUUCAAGAGCACCAUCACCACCAUCGAGAGACGCUUCGGCCUGUCCAGCUACUCAUCAGGCACCAUCUCCUCUCUACAUGAGGUGAGCAACACUGUGCUGAUUGUUUUCGUCAGUUACCUGGGAAACAGGGUGCAUCGUCCUCGCUUCAUUGGGCUGGGCGCUCUGCUGAUGUCCGUCAGUGCUCUGAUCCUGGCACUUCCCCACUUCCUCAGCCAGCCCUACCAGUAUGACACCGUGCUGCACAGCACUGCUGAGAAGAGUCGAGACCUGUGUGUAGCUCGCUUUAACUCCUCGAGUGCCAGUGAAUCGUGCGGCCAGGAUGACGCGAAACGACUGGUGGACACCAGCAGCCUGUGGUUGCUAAUGGCAACAGCCCAGCUGCUCUUCGGUAUUGGCUCGGUGCCUAUUCAGCCCUUUGGAAUCUCAUUCAUCGACGACUUCGCUGGACCAGGAAACUCACCACUUUACAUUGCCAUCCUGUUUGCUGUGUCUGUGUUUGGGCCGGCCAUCGGUUACCUGCUGGGCUCCGUCGUGCUGCGGAUAUAUGUGGACGUGGACCGCGUCACCCAAGGUCUUCAGGAGUUGACCCCGUCUGACCCUCGCUGGGUGGGUGCGUGGUGGCUGGGGCUGCUGGUGUCCUCAGCUGGGCUGGCCCUCACCGCCAUCCCUUACUUCUUCUUCCCUCGCAGCAUGCCCCGAGAGACCGGUGAAGACAUCAUGGUAGAUGACUCUAAGGCAGAGGGAUCCAUGCUGUCGUAUCUCAAGAGGUUCCCGCGUCUCUUUGUGCGCCUGCUCCUCUCUCCCCUGUUCUUGUUGCUGGUGGUGACUCAGUGCUGUUUCUCCUCCGUGGUGGCUGCCUUGGCAACCUUCCUCAACAAGUUCCUGGAGAGGCAAUACUCCACGUCGCCCGCCUUCGGAAACCUGCUCAUCGGUGCGGUGAACCUGCCGUCGAUGGCGGUGGGCAUGUUGCUAGGAGGCAUAAUCAUGAAGAAGACGGGAAUGUCGCUAAGGGUGAUCCCUCGCUUCUCCGUGGCCAUGCUGCUGAUCUCUGUGCUACUGUGUGUGCCUCUCUUCUUUAUGGGGUGCCCUACACAGCGUGUCGCGGGGGUCUACCCCAGACCUGAAGUCUCCUCCAUCACCACAGCAUCUAGAGGGUCGGUGGCUUCGUGUAUCUCCGACUGCUCGUGUUCCUCCAGUGCCUUUAACCCCGUAUGUGGCUCCAAUGGAGUGGAGUACAUCUCCCCCUGCUACGCCGGCUGCAGCAACUACACACGGGACCCCAACAACUCAUUCAGAGUACUGGCCUAUACCAACUGCAGCUGUAUCGGUGGUGGCUCUGCCCGUCAGGGUUCCUGUGGCAACAGCUGCAGCCACUUCCUGGCCCCCGUCAUGUUCCUCAUCUCUCUCGCCGCCCUGGUGGCCAGUCUCUCACACAACCCCAUCUACAUGAUGGUGCUCAGGACAGUACCACAAGAAGAUAAGUCCUUUGCCAUUGGUGUGCAGUUUCUUCUCAUGCGAGUUUUGGCCUGGCUGCCGGCCCCUGCCUUGUUCGGGAUGACAAUCGACUCGGCCUGCAUCUGGUCCAGGCAGGUCUGUGGCAAGAAGCUGGGAUGCGGUUACUAUGACAACAACCUCCUCAGGAACAGAUACCUGGGUCUGCAGGUGGGCUUCAAGCUGAUGGGUAUCGGCCUGCUGUCCUUCGUGGGCUGGAAGGUGCAGCGGACUCGGGAGUACAACCUGCACAAGUGCCCUGAGGGCCCGCUGUGAAGCACCAGAGGAUCCAGCAGAGGGGCCCACUGCACCUGCACAGUCUCCCCCUCUCAGACCUCCUCUUUCUGGGACACACUCCCCCGUGGGUCCCCUGGGGGUGUGGACGUGCAUGUGGAUGUAGAUGAUGGAGCCACUGCAGAUACUGUAUAAGACUCUCAGAGACUCAAGAUGUCCAUAGGCUCCUCCUACAAACAUAUCACAGCAUGGACUCCUGUCAUUCUAUUGGCUCCUGCUCCAGGAGGGAUCGGUUCUCUGUUGUUCUAUUGGGCCAUGCUCCAGGAGGGAUCGGUUCUCUGUUACUCUAUUGGCUCUUGUUGUCGGUUCAUGACGACAGGCCUCCACGUUUUUGUAUUGGUGUGACUCGCUGUAUGGAUGUUCAGUUUUGUUGUGUGUAUUUUGCAGCAUAGUGGAGUUGUGGUGCUCAGCAGCUAUCUAAUCUUCUUCUCUCUGUGCCUUAAUAUGGGUGUCACUCUACCGGUGCUCAACCACAUGACAUCCAGCCCCUGUGGGAGUCAUACUAAAGCAUCCACACCAUACAGUCCGUAAGUGGUGGAGGUGGGGAUGCUGGGAUGCAUCUGCAUCCCUCCCACCGUCCAAAAAUUACGACCCGAUAGGAAAUCUCCAAUAACCACUAUUCAGCCUAACCGAUGCAUGACUGUUAUCACACCAUUUUCAUUAUCUUUGAGCUUCCAUAAGAUAUUUGGAUCCUCACUUUAAAACUAACAAAACAAUAAGAUACUAAGUCAUACAGCCUCCAUGAAAACAGACAUUUCCCCAUUGAUGAGCUGAGAAGAUGGGAAUGACACUGCCAGAAUACGUACAGUAGGCCUACAGUAUGUUGAUGUGAAUCCGCAGAUGUUACAGUCAUGGGCACCUGUCCAGAUGUCCUCAGAUCAAGAUUGACAUUGUCCUCAAAUCAGUCAUUCCCCAAAUGCACUGUAACUCAGCUACACCUCUUCACUUUUUCACUCUUUCCCUUCUGGUUCUGUAUUUCAAGACUUCAAGGCUUCAAGACUUAUUGACAUUACAAAGUUGCCUUACAACAACAAAAAUGCAAUCCGAGAUGGCAACCUGGCCCCCCGGCCAACAGAUGCAAGUGAUAUUGUUAUUGUGUGUGUGUGUGUGUGUGUGUGUGUGUGUGUGUGUGUGUGUGUGUGUGUGUCUGUGUCUGUGUCUGUGUGUGUGUGUGUGUGUGUGUGUGUGUGUGUGUGUGUGUUUGCACGCCUGCCUGCGUGCGUGCGUGCAUAUGUGUGUGUUUGCCAAAGUGUAUGACGUGUAUGAAAGUGUGUGUUUGGAGCACCCUGCAAAGAAGACACUAACACAGCGGGUGGACAAACAGACACACACACACACACACACACACACACACACACACACACACACACACACACACACACAGACAGAUAGGGUCAUUGCAAUGCCUGGCCCAACCUCAUACCGAGGGGGCAGGUAAUUACACAACAAUGACAACUCUUCACACCUCAUGUACCUGUGUAUGUAUGUAAAGUGAUUGACAGCUGUCAUCCAUGACUGGGUUGUGCAGUGGCAUUGGACCACAGCUCAGCUCCCAAUUGGAAGUAUAACACUGCAUGGUGAUGUUUGGGCAUUGUGUGUGUGUGUGUGUGUGUGUGUGUGUGUGUGUGUGUGUGUGUGUGUGUGUGUGUGUGUGUGUGUGUGUGUGCGUGUGCGUGUGCGUGUGCGUGUGCGUGUGCGUGUGCUCACGCACGUGUCUGUGUGCGUACGUAUGUGUAUACGUGUGUGGACAGAUCAUUUAAAUACACACCAUCUUUUCCUUUCGGUUAAUGGGAAAGAUGGGUGUGUGUGUUUUCUUGGUGGAGUGAAAAUUGUUGCCUAAUAUUUAAUGUGUGUGUGUGUGUGUGUGUGUGUGUGUGUGUGUGUGUGUGUGUGUGUGUGUGUGUGUGUGUGUGUGUCUGUGUGUGUGUGUGUGUCUGUGUGCGUGCGUGCGUGCGUGCGUGGGUGCGUGCGUGCGUGUCUGUGUUAUGAUACCUGUAGAUCACUAGGCAUAGGCACUCUGGGAGCAGAUGUGACUGAAUAUUUGUGAAAAUAUAUUUUUAUAAGCACACGUUUUUUAUUAUUAUAAUCAUGAUAUUCAACUCACUCACAAUACCUUCAAUAGAGUUUGUUCACUGCUACUAAACAGUAACGUUUGUAUUGAAAUGACAAAUUUGUACAACUCAUUAAAUAAAUUAUUUUAAUUGUUAACCUGA